AUGAGCGACGAUAAGAUCACAAUUACGGUCCUUUACUUUGCAUCAGCCUGUGAUGCGACGGGCUUGUCUUCGGAAUCUCUCACAUUUCCCCUACCACAAAUACGCAUAAACGAACUUGAGGAUAAGUUGAAAGCUCGUCAUGAGAAAUUGAAAAGCUUGCUAGAUGUAUGUAUGUUCGCCGUGAAUAUGGAGUAUUGCGAGAGAGAUUAUAUCGUAAAGGAAGGUGACGAGGUUGCUAUAAUCCCCCCCGUUAGUGGAGGAUGA